AUGGCACGGUAUUUCCUUGUGGGUGCUUUGACAUGGAGGGUGCCUAGAGGAACAGACAAGCUGAAGGAUCCACCAGAAGAGGAUCUCCCAGAUGACGCUCCAAUGAUUGAAGCAGAAGGAGAAGAUGGUGAAGUUCAUGAUGAGGUUCAGGAUGGAGUUCCACCGGAUGAGGACGGGUCGGGGAGAGGAGCCCUGGUCCAGCUCUCCGGUGAAGCGCCGGGUGAUGAGAGGAGCCACCCUGGCGGGGUCCCUGAUGAGGACGGGUCGGGGGGUGAACCCCUGGUCCAGCUCUCAGGUGAAGGAGCAGAGCCAGCUGAGCCGCUCCAGACCCAUGGCCCUCCGACAUUGGAGGAAGCCACUGAAUUGCGAGUCUUUCGCAUGGCCUUGCCGAUGAAAUCAAAGAAGGCAAGAGAAGUUGUGGCCACGGUGAUGGAGUUUGUCUUGCGUUUGAGGUCAGAGGGGUAUCACGUUGGGAGGAUCCACUCAGACCAGGGCCACGAGUUUGCGGGUGAGUUCAGGAGGUGGGCAUUGCAGCGUGGAAUCUACCUGCCGAGAACGGCAGGUGAUGAUCCUCGUGGAAAUGGAAGAGCGGAGGUUGCUGUGAAGGCCUUCAAGAAUUACAUUAGACGGACGCUGAGACAGGCGUCGGUGGAUGCGAAAUGGUGGCCCUGGGCACUACGAUACUCCAAUGAGGUUCAAAGGUGCAUUCGAAUGGGAACGAAGCCGGAUUGGCCUAGAUUCCUUCAAGAAGUGAGGGUGAGGAAAAGAACAUGGAAGAAGGACGAUUUGUCGUCACGUGUGGAGACAGUGCAGUAUCUCUGCCCUUCCAUUGAAAAUCAUGGCCAUUGGAUCUACAAGUCUGGUGAAGCUCCAAGGCUGACGAGGUACAUCCUGGCGCCAACGACAGAGCCUGAGGAUGACACGGUUUGGGUUGCAGUUGAACGUGAGGGCCGAGAUGCUCAGGAGCAGAGGAGGAGGAUCAGAGGUAAGUCCACCUUGAGAAAGAUGGAUGCUUCCUUGAUGAGUUCCGAAGAAGUUGAAGAAGAGGAAAAGAAGAUUGAAGUUCGAAGGGUGAUGAAGUUGGUUGAGGAGGAAAUGCAGACUCUCAUCAACGAGGACCCUGAGAUUGCAGCAGACGAGGUCCGAAUUUUGGGACGCUUGAGAAAGAUGGUGGAGGAACAGGGGGAGAAUGAAGAGAUUUUGCAGACCAAGAUCAUCUCUCCCAAGGAGGUUCUUCGAAACUGGAGUGAAUGGGAACCUUCCAUCAGAAGUGAGGUGGAAUCUUUGACGGUGGAGAAGUCAGCUCUGAAGCCUUUGACAAAGGCAGAAGUUGAGGAGUUGAAGCUUCAAGCGCAGAAAGAGGGAAAGAAGUUGGAAAUCUUGCCUUCCAAGAUGGUGUUUACGAUCAAGCCAGGUGGGAAGUUGAAGAGCAGGUGGGUUGUCUGUGGGAACUAUGAAGAGAAAAAGGAGGGGGAAGAGACCUACUCCACAGGCGCAGACGCGACCACUUUGCGUCUUUUGGUUUGGACGUCAACAAAGAUGGGUUGGUGUGGAUGCGUGCUUGAUGUGCGCACAGCGUUUUUGAAUGCUGAAAUGGAGCAGUCGCCUGAGGAGGAUUUGCUGCUGAUUCAGGCUCCACAUGUUUUGAGAGAGGCCAAGUUUUUGAAAGGAGAGGCACUUUUUCUGCCGUUGAGGGCGGUUUACGGGUUCCGAAGAUCUCCAAGAUUGUGGGGACUACACCGUGACCGAACCAUGAGAGACAUGAAGAUUUCGGUCGUGUUGGAUGGCAGAAAAGAGAUGCUGGUCUUGAAACAGAUGGAGUCGGAGCAGAAUCUUUGGAAGGUGGUUGUUUUGAGAAAGGGCUUUCAAGAAGAUUUGGAGGAUGAGUUUGUCUCCAAUGGCCGGGUGGUUGGACUGGUCAUGACGUAUGUGGAUGACAUCCUGAUCACCGGCAGGAGGGAGGUCAUGGAGUCAGUGACACAGCAGCUCCAACAGACCUGGAGCACCUCAGUUCCAGAAGAGAUCGGAGAAAAGCCAGUCAGAUUCCUGGGCAUUGAGAUCACCCGUUGUUUGGCAGAGGGGGAGGAGAGAAUGCAUUGGAGUCUGAAUCAACAGGCUUACAUCAGAGAUCUUCUUGGAAGGUAUGAGGAUGGAGAGAAGGUGAGAAAGAUUCCCAUCACAAGGGAUCAAGCUGCCAUGAGUCAGGACGUGACCCCACCGACACCAGAAGGGGUCAAGUCAUGUCAGAAGGUCAUUGGAGAGCUGCUCUGGUUAGUCACUCGUACACGACCAGACCUGAUGUUUGGAGUUUCAAGAAUGGGCGCGAGUGUUCUCAAGUCCACUCAUGCCAUACAAGAGACAGCCAAGCAGAUGAGGCUGUAUUUGAAGGCCACUUUGGAAGAGGGAUUGAGGUUUGAGGAAAGACCGGAAGACCCAAUCAACCUGUACGUCUACUCAGACUCAAGCUUUGCCCCGGAGUCAGAUGAGUCGCAUGGGUCUUUCAUUGUUUUGGCCAAUGGAAGUUCAAUGUUCUGGAGAAGUGGCCGCCAAUCUGCGGUGACCUUGAGCACGGCAGAGUCGGAGCUCACGGAACUGGUGGAGGCGAUGGUGGCGGGCGAGUCAGUCUAUGCCAUCAUCUCGGAGUUGUUUGCCGAGGUCAACCGUAUCGCACUUUGCGAUUCUCAAGCUGCUUUGGCGAUCCUUUUGGCAGAAGGAGGGAGCUGGCGCACCAGACAUUUGCGCCUGCGUUGGUCAUUUGCGAGGCAGGCAGUCUUGAGGGGUGAUUGGCAGGUUGGUCACGUUCCUGGAGAGCGCAUGAUAGCAGACAUCGGAACCAAAGCUCUGGCAUCGACACGACUGGAGCUUCUCAAAGAAAUGCUCGGCAUGAAAAAGACUGGGCAUGUGGAAGUUGAGGAUGCAGGAAAGAAUGAAGAGAAGGGGAAGAAGAUCCCUUCACAGCCACAGGGACCAGAAGUUGCCACUUUGGCUUUGCGGCUGAUCACUUUAGCAGCCACUUUGCAGAUGUCAAAAGCCAUGGAUGAUGAAGAGGAAGAAUCUUCAGCCGAAUUCAAUCAGCUGAUGAUGAUCUACACCAUUUUGGUUGUGAUGGCCACCUUGGGUCUUCAAGCUUUGUGGAAGGUAGGAGUAAGCUCAGCCUGCAGUAGCUUGAGGAAUUGGUUGCUUGGCGGCGAGGGCCGAAGUCUCCCUGCGGAGCCUGAAGAACCUGAGGUCAGAAGGCCAAACAUUGAGGAGUUGACGACAUCAAUGGGCCGCGCUGAGGACGGGUCGGGGAGAGGAGCCCUGGUCCAGCUCGCGCAGGCCGGCUGGAGGCACGCUGUAGGUUCCUACACUGUAGAUGCUACAGCUGUGCCCGGCCUUGGUGGAGACCCACCACUGAGCCGCGCUGAGGACGGGUCGGGACAGAGGGUCCUGGUCCAGCUCGCGCAGGCUAGCCCAGGGCUUGCUGUAGAGGAGACAGCUUUGCCCGGGCCAACACAAAAUGUGAGGAGCGACGCCUCACUUGGCCAAGCUGGCCCAAGCACAGAGCCGUCGUCAAGCUCUGGAAGUGGAGAGACAUCAGAUAGCAUGGCUGAAAGAAUCGAGGCCACCAUCAGAAUGAUUGCAGAAGAAGAGGUUGAGCUGUGGAGAGAGUACGGAAGGAUGGGCCAUUUUCCGUACGUCAAUGAAAAUCAUCAAGAUGCAGACCUGGGCUUUGACGUGUUCAGGACACCAUGUGGAACUGUUUAUCAUUCAACUCGGGCCUGCACCCAAUUGAAGGGUCCGAGAACUGGAUUUGCGAGAAAGUUUUCAUGGUGUGAACUCUGUAAGGAGGUGGGAAUGCGAACGCGAGGACGUCCACCACCAGGAUCUCCACUGCUCUUGCUGACGUCGGGUCAGACUCUUCACACAGACGCCAGAUGCCCGAGAACUGAAAACACCUCCGAAUUUCGCGGAUUUGCAGCACUGCAGCUGCCUUUUUUCCAGCUCAAAUUCGAAGACUUUCGAGUCGCCGACGAAAAGAAGGAGAAGGUGCGAUCUUUGGAGGACGAGGAGCAGCUGAUCCUAGCGAUUUUCGCCAGCAAGAAUGAGCCGCUUGGUGAGAGGACGAAACGGAUCCACCAUGAUCCACCAGGAGGUGCUGAAGUGGCCCACGGAGAUGGCAGCAUUCUUCCGGAGAACACAAAGGUGACCACCUUUGGGAUUGGUUGGCUGAAUCUUCUGGACAGUGGAUCAGAUCCACAAUUGGUUGAGGGCAAUGAGCCGCCCGCCGAAGCGUACCGCGCACAGCAGCGCGCCCAUCGUUCCGCAACGACCUCCGCCUCGCCGAUGUUGGCGAUGCCGCGGCAGGACUUGGAGGUGAGUCCUGGACCCCAUCGAUUGGGCCCAGGGGCAUUUGGCUUGGCUUGGUGGUAUUUGAAAGCCGAGGAGGAUGAAAGUGAAGACGACCCAGACAGCCGUCGCGGUCGCGGCCCUCCACACGAAGUUGCACCUCAAGUGGUUUCUCCGGCCGCGACCGCCACGGCCUUGCCUGUGGGGCAGCGUCCUUUGCCGAGCUCGCACCGAAGUCCACCGGAGAUCAGCUUCGAAGACGCCGGGCGCAUGCCGCAGCACUUGUGGCCUUGGAUUGCCUUGCACGCUCCCUUGAAGCCACCGCAAAGGAGAAAGCUGGCUGUGUCUCGAUUGCAAUCUGACGCUGUGCUGGUGUAG